CUUCUUAUAAUUCCUAUAUUUAUUGACCCAAUUUUUUUUUUUUUUUUGUUUGAAAAUGUAGUAUUUUUAUUUUAGGAUCUGAGGUUAUAAUAUAAUCAUAGCAAAGUUUUACUAUAUUGUUGUAAGAUUUCCAUUGGUUUUGGUGUUGUGUUGAAGAAAAGAAAUUAGGAUUUUUUGGGUUUCUGUGAAUUUUUUUGAUUGGGAGUGAGAUUCAGUGAAUCUGGAUUCUUCUAUGGUAUUUGUGCUUGGAGUUUAUAUCUAUGGCCUGUCCCACAAAAAACCCCACAACACCAAAAGAGAAGAUUUAACUAGAAAAUUUACAAUCUUUUUCAUGAAUUUAUUUUAGGAUUUUACCUUCAUUAAAUUUUUAAUGGAAGAAGAGAGAGAAAAUGAGAGUGAAAUAAGAGCCCAAUAUGAGCUUUUCACAAGACAUGGAUGAUGAAUAUGAGAAACUCAUCAGAAGAAUGAACCCUCCUAGGGUGGUGAUUGAUAAUGAAAGUUGCAAGAAUGCAACAGUCAUACAGGUGGAUAGUGCAAACAGACAUGGAAUACUUCUUGAAGUUGUUCAAAUUCUUACUGAUCUUAAUCUUGUGAUUACCAAAGCUUAUAUUUCAUCUGAUGGUGGAUGGUUCAUGGAUGUUUUUAAUGUGAUUGAUCAAGAUGGGAACAAGAUAACUGAUGAAGAAAUCCUUGAUUACAUUCAAAAGUCUUUAGGUCCUGAUUCCUCGUGUUUUGGAAGAUCUGUGGACGUUCUUUCGUCGACAGAGCACACAGCAAUUGAGUUAAUUGGAAGAGAUAGGCCAGGACUUCUCUCUGAGCUAACUGCUGUACUCACUCACCUGAAAUGCAAUGUGGUGAGUGCUGAAAUAUGGACUCACAACACUCGAGCUGCAGCCGUGAUGCAGAUAACCGAUCAGGGAACUGGUUAUGCAAUUACUGACGAAGAAAGGCUUUCGAGGAUCAAGGAACUCCUGUGCAAUGUGCUAGGAAGUAGUCAAUCUAAGGAAGCUAAGACCGAGGUUAAUACUCAUGUCGCUAUACAUGCUGAAAGAAGACUUCAUCAGAUGAUGUUUGAUGAUAGGGACUAUGAGCAAAUUGGUGACGAGGAGGAUGAAGAUGAAAGGCAAAGGCCGAAUGUAAGUGUUGUCAAUUGGUACGACAAAGAUUACUCGGUAGUCAGUGUUCGUUGCAAGGACAGGCCAAAACUUCUCUUUGAUACAGUUUGUACAUUGACUGAUAUGCAAUAUGUUGUUUUCCAUGGGAGUGUGGAUGCUGAAGGAUCUGAAGCUUAUCAGGAAUAUUACAUUCGACAUGUUGAUGGAUCCCCUGUUAAAUCAGAGGCAGAAAGGCAAAGGGUCAUCCAAUGCCUUGAAGCUGCUAUCAAGAGGAGAGUUUCUGAGGGAUUAAAGCUAGAACUGUGCACAACUGACAGGGCUGGACUACUAUCCGAUGUGACUCGAAUUUUCCGAGAGAACAGCCUCACAGUCACCCAAGCAGAAGUCACAACAAGAGGUGGCAAAGCCGUUAACAUCUUCUAUGUGCGUGAUGCUUCGGGAUACAAUGUGGAUGCCAAAACCAUUGACUCGAUUAGGCAAGUUAUCGGGCAAACGAUACUAAAAGUGAAGGGAAACGGAUCGAAAGAAAGGAAACAGAAAGUGGCGCAAGAGACUCAAUCUAGGUUCUUAUUUGGUGGCCUCUUUAAGUCUAGAUCAUUUUGCAAUUUCGGGUUGGUCAGAUCCUACUCUUAAAAGAUCUCAACAAAAUCUCUUUUCACUCGAACUUUUGUACAUUGCAACAAUGUUUAGGCCAUUGUAGUGGGCAAACAUCAUGAUUUCAGGAAUAGGGUAGGAGAGAAAUUCAAAGUAUGGGAUGCCAACAACUAGUUGGUGCCAACUUAUUAGGAACAUUUGUCUCUUGAGUUGAUCUCUAGUGGUAGAUUAGUGGGCUCUUAAGUAAACAUUACUCAUAGGGAGUAAUCUAAUUGUAAAUAGUAGGUUUGUUGGUUAAUUGUCUCCAUUAAUCUAAUCAAUCUAAUUGUCUUUUUUAAUUAUUCAAA